AAUCCAAAAUUCCAAAAAAUUGGAAUUCCAAGCGCCAACGAAUCCCGGCGGGGCUGUGAUUCCCGGCUCUCCGUUUCCAAUGGAAAAGCGGGAAUUCGGGAAGCGCGCGGGGGUGGUGGUGGGGGGAGCGGCGGUUUCCCGGGAGCCGUUCCCGGAGCGACGGGAAUCGCCUCUGGAAAAGCUGGAAAAGGGAGCAUGGGAUGGCUCCGCCGCCUCCUCAGCCAGCUCUCCUGUGAGGAUCCGCCGGGAAUGGGGUUCGGGAUUGGGGAUUCGGGGUUCCCGGGAUUGGGGAUUGGGGAUGGAAGCGCCGUUUUCCCCAGGAUUUCCUCCCCAAACUUGUGGGAAUGAGGUUGGGAAAGGGCCGGGGUGAGCGCGGCUCCUUCCCAACCGCCCCGAGAUUCCCAGCGGGAAUUUUCGGGGAUCCUCUCUCCCACACCCCACACACAGCCCGGGAGAUUCCCGGCCUGGCGGAUCCCCCCGGAUCCCCCCGGAUCCCCCCGGAUCCCUCCGGAUCCCGGAGCGUGGGAAUUGCGCAUCUCCUCCUGUGGGGGAGGCGCUGCCGGAGCUCGGGAAUUGCUGCCGGGGAUGGGAAUGAGAAUCCGGGGGGGGGAUCUGGGGAUCCGCUAUGGGAUCCACUCGGGGACCCCGGAAUCCGCUCAGGGAUCUGCUCCGGGAUCCGGGAUCUACUAUGGGAUCCACUACGGGAUCCGCCCAGGGAGCCGGGGAUCAGCUCAGGGGUCUGGAGAUCUGCUCAAGGAUCCACCCGGGGACCCAGGGAUCUGCUCCGGGACCCGGGGAUCCGCUCUGGGAUCUGGGGAUCCUCUCGGGGAUCAGCUCAGGGGUCUGGGGAUCUGCUCAAGGAUCCACCCGGGGACCCAGGGAUCUGCUCCGGGAUCCGGGGAUCCGCUACGGGAUCAGCUCCGGGACCAGGAAUGUCGGGAUCCUCGGCCUCUUCCUCUUCCCUUUUUUUCUGCCGCUUCCUCAAACGGGCUCUCCGUGAUCCCAACAUUCCCGGGAUCCUUCCCGGGAUCCUUUCCGGGAUCCUUCCCGGGAUCCAUCCCGAGGGAAAACUCGGCGGAACCAGCGGGAUUUUCCAUGGAAAAAUUUUCUUCGGGAAUUUUUUCUUCCCCCCUGCCGGUUAUCCCGGUUUUUCCGCCUUCCUGGGUGGAGGAACUGCCGGAUAUCCCACCCGGAAAAUUCCCGGAUUUCCGGGAAAAAGCCAAAAGGAUUCCGGCCCUUGGAAAAGCUGGAGGUUGGGAUUGGCUUCCGGCUGCCGGGAAUUCCCACCUGGAGCACCCCCGAGAUUCCCAAAUCCUUCCCGAUUCCAUUCCCGGGAUGUCCCUGGGACAUUCCCGCAUCCCCCGGGGCUUCCCCGAUCCCGACAUUCCCUGGACAUCCCCAUCCCGGUGAUCCGCAUCGCCCUUGGAAUCCCUGGAAUGCCCCAAGGGAUCCCAAACAUUCCCAAUUCCCUUCUCCGGGAAAAUUCCGGCAGAUCCCGGGUGAUUCCCGGCGCUCGGAAUUCCCGAAUUCCCGAACUUUCCACCUCCCCCCAGCCCGGGAGCUCAUCCCGCUUUUCCCAGCUGCCCGGAAUUUUGGGAAGCGGCUCCCGCUCCCAUUCCCGAGGCUUUUCCCGAGGCUGGGAUCGGAUCCCGGCUGGAUCCCGCGGGAUCCAGCCGAACUCCGGGACCCCCUCACCCAGCGCGGGGCUUCGGGAAUGCGGAUCCCAGGGAAUCCCUUGGAAAACUCCGGAGUCGGGCCCCAAAAAAAUCCCUCCCGGCAAAAAUCCCGGGAUUUCCCGGCGGGAAAAGUGGGAAGCACCAGGAAGGAGCCUUGGAUGGGGCUGGGAUGGCUCCGGAGGGAAGGAAGAGCUACAGGAAAAACGGGAUACAGGUGGAAAACGGGAUACAGGGAAAACGGGAUACAGGUGGAAAACGGGAUAAAGGGAAAACGGGAUACAGGGAAAACGGGAUACAGGGAAAACGGGAUACAGGUGGAAAACGGGAUACAGGGAAAACGGGAUACAGGGAAAACGGGAACAGGGAAAACGGGAUACAGGUGGAAAACGGGAUACAGGGAAAACGGGAAAAUGGGAUACAGGUGGAAAAUGGGAUGAAAGAGGAGAUGGGAAGCAGGGAAAAGUGGGAUUCAGGGAAAAUGGGAAGCUGGGAAAGCGGGAUACGUGGGAAAGCGGGGAGGAGAUGGGACACGGGGAGAGGUGGGAAAAUGGGAUACAGGGAAAAUGGGAAGCCGAGGAGAUGGGAAGAGCGGGAGAAUGGGAUAGAAGAGAGAUGGGAUUCAGGGAAAACGGGAAGCCGAGGAGAUGGGAAGCGUGGGAGAAUGGGAUACAGGGAAAACGGGAUACAGGGAAAACGGGAUACAGGGAAAAACGGGAAGCCGAGGAGAUGGGAAGUGUGGGAGAAUGGGAUAGAGGAGAGAUGGGAUUCAGGGAAAACGGGAGGAUGGGAUGGGAAAAUGGG